GUUAAAAUGCUGUUUUCACUGUACCUUCUCCAAAGCCUCUGUUUACAGAAAUUUCCACAUUUUUUAAAGCUUUUGAAAUCCUUUAAAGCCGUUGUAAAUGAGCUGUUUGAGUUGAACAGAAAGUGUGGUGAUUUGUCAAAUGCCACUCUGUUAAAAGCCUCAUAACCCUGUCUCACGUCACCUACAUUCUUUCCCUUUGUUUAAUGUUGGUUUCAUAUUUCUAUCUUUCCACUGCACAAGUGGACUGGCUUCAUUUGAAUAAUGGUCUCGCUAAGCGAACGCACACAAAUGAGUGUUAAGAUAUAGUUACGCUCAUCUCGGUGACUGACACAAUGGAUUUUUACCUGAGAGGCUUUAGGUUGUAUUUGUUUGGCUUGGCAGACACAGAGAGAAAGACGUCAUGUAGUGUAAAAAUAAGUCUGACGUCUUCGUGCUGAACACCACUUAAAAUGAUGGGCUGACUGUGCCGCAAUGAAGGGACAAAUCCACUGGCUCUGGAGUCAGAAAGAAAGGGUGGGGGAGCAAAUGGAUAGAGCAGAAACAGAGAGCAUGAGAGAGAUGAAGGGAAUUAACACCCAUGGAAAGUAUGCUGCAGGGAACUCUCGAUAACACAGCUGCCUCAUUGCACAGCUCAGCUGAUUUGGAUUUUCCAUCCCGCUCAUCAAGGGAGGGUGUUCAGGGAGUGUGAGAGAGAGAGAGAGGAUCACAGUUGUGUGUGAUAGAUUACAGUUUUCCAGCUCGACAUGCCCAACAGGAAUAUGUCAGAACGGAGCAAACUGAGGUUGGUAAAAUUGAGUUUAGGCUAUAGUCAGCAGUGACACACAUUUUCCAGCCCUUGUGCUCUUGGUUUGACUGGAGAUGAGUCAGCAUAGACAGCAGUCAGGUUAAAGAGCAAUUGAGGAAGGAGGACUGUAGUUUCACUCCCUCCCUUCCUGAAGGGGCUGGGCCUGUCACUGUGCUACUGACGCUCUUGCAUAAAGAGCAGCAAACACACAAGUCUGCAGUCUGGCUGAGCCUCAGAGACGUUUAAUCAGUGGUGUAGAAACACGGACCCUUUGAAGAUUCUUUUUUCGGAUAACAGCUUUCUCAUGCUCUGGUAAAUUCAGCCUUUGAUCUGGUUUUACGUGUUGCUCGUUUCGCCUGCGACCCAUUUCCUGCAUCGAACUCUUGUUUUAACCACAACCUUGACUUCAACACGCAAUAAGAGGAAGAUUGAAGAGAAAGAAAAGUCUUCCUAUCAGGAAAACCAAAGACGACUACCAUUUAUUUCUCAUCCAGAUCUUAUUCCGCUCUCACCCUGGGGAAGACAAAACGGACCCCUUUGAGAUUUCUCACUUCUCAAGUCCGCUGCAGGAUUCAGCGAGCAUCCAUCAUGCACCUGAAAACCAUGAAGUGCAACCCCUUCUGCCUUAUUGCAUCUCUAGAGGACCUGGAUUUGUUUAACAGACCUGAGGCCAGGGUUAGUUUCGAAGAGCUCUUCCGUGCCUUUGAUGGUGAAGUUACCUUUCAGUUUUUUAAGAGCUUCAGGAGAGUGAGAAUUAAUUUCAGCAAUGCUCUGGCAGCUGCAGAGGCGAGAGCAAGACUCCACAAGAGUGACUUUAAUGGCUCAGAGCUCCGACUUUAUUUUGCCCAAUCAGUACAUAUAGGAAGUGCACGACUGGAGCCCCCGAAACCAGAUAAGCAGUUCCUUCUCUCGCCACCUCCAUCUCCUCCUGUGGGAUGGGAACAGGCUCAGGAUUCCACACCUGUUAUUAACUAUGACCUUCUUUGUGCUAUCGCCAGACUUGGCCCAGGGGAGAAAUACGAGCUACACUCUGGAACCCCGACUACCCCCAGCGUGGUGGUGCAUGUGUGCGAGAGUGACCAGGACAGCUCUGGUGCUGAGGAUGAUACGGACAGCUUCAGACGGCCACGACCCAAAAUCAUCCAGACCCGGCGUCCGGAUUACAGCUCCACCAUCACCCAGUGAGCAUGAGGAGUGCGUCCUUAUGCUGUUAAGUUCGUUUUUGUCUCUGGACUGUUGGACGUGCAGGUAGUCUGUCUCCAUAGAGGAAGUGUUCAGUCAGAGCUCAGUCUGGAGAGAAAGGCACACUACAUUUGCAGUGUCUUUCAGGGGAAAGUGAGUUUUAUUGCAUGCAUUUGUUGAUAAUGUGGCUCAUUUCCCUACAUCUAAAGGUCAAUGGGGUUUUAUGGAUGUUUCCAUUAAGUCUAUGGCUACAGAGAACAAAAGCCUCCCAUUGUGGCUUUAUUAAUUUUCUUUCAUUUGAGAAGCAUGUUUUAGGGCAGAUCAAGGUGCAUUUUUAGGAUGGAAUUUGUUGUCCUGUUUUUUCUUUUCUUUUUGUUUUAUCAAUAGCCUCCUUUCUACACAAGACGUUUUCCUUUAAUCAGUGGAAAUAUGAGGUAUUAAUACAAAGCCUUAGUAUGACUGUUUGUUAAUCUUAGACUUGAAACAUUUGUGGUAAUGGGUAUUUUUAAUCAUUAUUUUAUAUGUUGGUUGUAAGAAAACACAAGGAAGUUAAAAUACAAAUUGAAUUUAGUAAGCUUCCUUUUUAAAAAAAAAUCAUGUUGUGUGGAAUAACAGCUUGUUUACCACUGAUUUAACAAAUGUUUUUGGUCAGUAGAAAUGAAAUGUUUAUCAGACAUCCUGACACAUUAUCCUGAUGAUAAUAUUUGUAUGACUGAAAUUUGCAUUGAUUCUCUUUGACCAUAACACUGUAAUACAAUCAGUUGUAAUGAGGGACAGCCUUUAUGCCCUUUAUUAGGAUUUGCACAGGUUACAUUUGUUACAUGGUAAAAAAUCAAGUGUUUGAAUAAAGCAAUCAAUUUGUGUUGUUUGACUGUAUGUAUGUUCAUCUUGUUGUAAUGUCUUAAUUGUCUGACUGUUUAGAAAUUCGAAAGGACCAGCUUGGUUUCCGUAAUGUAUGAGUCAGUUUCCACACUGUUGAGUUUUUGCUUGGAUGUAUGUCAUCUUGUGAUUUGUACCUUAACAAGCAAAAUAAUAAAUUAGGAUUUUAACCUG